AUGGCGAAGCGAUCAAGGGUUAUCACCAUGUCUCCUCUCAUUCUCAACCACGAAGACGAUCUCGAAAUCGAUCUUGAUCUCUGGGAAGUCGUUAACCCCUCAGACGGCGAGUACUCUGACGAUUCCUUCUCCGUCGAUAGUCUUUCCGAUGAUGACGUCAUAUCCUUGGACGACGAUUCCUUCAUCUCACCGUCUGUCAGUUCUCCGCCGCCACAGACGGUCCCUGUGGAUGCCGGUGGUGAACUCGCUGCGGAUCUGGACCUCGACGGUCAUGUCGAUGGCGAUGGCGAUGGCGAUCGCGAUCUUGAUGAUGUAAUUCGCGAUGAAGUUGUUGACAACGACCUUGGAUGGGCUCAACAGCGGAUGGUGUUGCUCCGUGGAGGCACUUAUCGUUACUCUGUUGGUAUUACGUACGGAAAUUGUGUCAAUCGCUAUGGGUGUAAUGAUGACGGCGAGGAAGAUCGCGGCGGUGAUGAUAGUGAGUACGACGAUUCCUAUGAUCUAGAGGAGGAGCUGGUGCCGCGGAGCGUUUGUAAAAAGCUGGGGAGGCAGAGGAUGAGGAAACUGGGGAAGAGAGCAAUCGCGAAGACGUCUCCGUAUUCCCACUUGAAACAUGGCUGCGUUCGCGGUAAGUAUGGCCUCGGCAUGAAGUUCAAGUGCUGA